AUCUACAUCCGGGUGUUUACGAUUCCCGAAUUGGCGACCCGUCGCCAUAAGUGUGACUUUGUUUUACGCAAGUAUAAUUUGGGUGAAAACCCAUUAAAUCAUCCGUUUUCCACUUUUGGAAUGCGGUUAAUGCCUUGUGGGGCGGUACACUUCCCACGCUAAGGAAAAACGACGCUUUUCAAGGGGCGAGGCCCCGUUUUUUGGGCACCUGUUUUUUGUGUUAGCACAGCUCUUUUACUGAGACAUUCGAAUUGUGUCUCUGUUUUUUUCUCGGGUUGUUUGUGGUCAAGAUGUCGCCGUAAUGGGGUCUCCGCGUUUGACAGAAAUGAAUAAGGGCCUCCGUCGCCUGACCCGCGUAUACAACCCGUUGUUAUUCCCCUUUGCCCCGUUUAAUGCCAAAGAGCUCGGAGUCUCUCUCCCCACAGUUCGGCCUCAAUAUGGAGAAAAACCCAAAUACCAACAACAGCAGCAGUACGAAGAUCCCGCCCCGUUCUGGCUCGACAGGCCCGACUCCUGCGGACUCUAAAACAAAAACAGAUGGUAAGAAUAAUGGGGGCUCAAAGCGCUAUAACCGCAAGCGUGAGCCCACAUUUCCCAAGGCUGAGAGCUGUCCAGGCCCACGGCGUUCCCAGCCACACAAAAGCAAGAAUUUUGACAAGAGACCCCCUCAGAGAGGUGGCGGUGGGGGUAGACAGUAUGGACUCCCUGGUGGUGGGAGAAGAGAAGAGGUAGAAGAGAACUGCCGGGCAGAGUUUAGCCCGGCUCAGUUUGCUGGACCCAAAAAGAUAAGCCUGAACCACCUGCUCAACUUCACGUUUGAGCCACGAGGAACCCAUUUUGGCUUCGGAGGUGAUGGCCAUUCCUGCUGGGGUCGCCGCAACAAGUGGGGUCACAAACACAAGCCCUUCAACAAAGAGCUUUUCCUACAGGCCAAUUGCCAGUUUGUGGUAAUUGAUGAUCAGGACUAUCAGGCCCACUUCACUGAUCCAGAUACUCUGGUAGACUGGGAGUAUGUGCAGCAAGUGCGCAUCUACAGUCAUGAGGUGCCGUCAUGUCCAAUCUGCCUGUAUCCCCCCGUGGCGGCCCACAUGACACGCUGCGGCCACAUCUACUGUUGGCCGUGUAUGCUGCAUUACCUCUCUUUGAGUGAGAAGAACUGGUCUAAGUGCCCCAUUUGUUAUGAGGCCGUGCACAGUUUUGACCUCAAGAGUGUGGUUGCCAUGGAGACCCAUCAGUAUGUGACUGGUGAUGUCAUCACCAUGCGUCUGAUGCGGAGAGAGAAAGGAUCGCUGGUGGCUCUUCCCAGCUCUCAAUGGGUUAAAGUGGAGGAGCCCAUACAUUUUGGAGAUGUGCAUUUAAGCUCCUACUCUAAGCUGCUGUUGGCAUCUCAGGAGCAGGUUUUGAGUUUGCUGGCUGAGGAGAGGAUGGCUCUCCAAACCCAACUCAACCAAGAGAAAGAUGACCCACAGGCCUGUUUCAUACAAAGUGCCUUACUGCAGCUGCAGGAGCGAGAGGACGGUCUGCUAAAGUGUCGCCGUAAAAACGGUGGCUCUGUUGAUGAGGUAGACCUGAAAAAACUGUCUCUUACUGUGCACUCCUCUCCAGAAGUGAUUCCAGUCAAGAACUUCACUAACUCCAAGCCCAUCCUACAGUAUGCCUCUGCAUUUGAUGAUGAGAUUCAGGACCUCCACGAGGAGCCGGUGGAAGAGAUGCCUGCUCACAAUGUUCCUGAGGUGGCUGAAGAGAUUCCUGAAGGACCAGUGGAGGACCUACCCUUGGAAGACAACUCUCAGGCCAUUCAGAAUGAGACGGGCCCACUGCAUAACUCUCAUCAUGGCCCAUAUUACUACUUCUACCAAGCUGAGGAUGGUCAGCAGAUGUUUCUGCACCCAGUGAAUGUGCGCUGUCUGCAGAGAGAGUAUGGAAGCCUGGAGAACAGCCCCCAGUCUAUAACUGCUACUGUAGUGGAGAUUGAUGGACAGACUGUCACUGAGGAUAUUCGUCGCCGGCAUCGUUACCUCUCUCACCUUCCCCUUACCUGUGAGUUCAGCCUCUGUGAGCUUCAUCUUCAGCCACCGAUUCUCUCAAAAGAGACCCUGGACAGCUUCUCAGAUGACUUGGAGAAGCGGAAGCGUCUGAGGCAGAAGAAAGUGAGGGAUGAAAAGAGAAGAGAGAAGAGGAUUGAAAUGGAGGAAAACAGGAAACUGGGCAAAUAUCCAGAGGUGCACAUUGGGCUUGAGAACCUCCAGCAGUUUCCUGCUUUUGGAUCGCCACCUCAGUACAGCCCAAUAAUGCAGACCCCAGAGUUCCUACUGGGACCUGCCUCUUUAAGCAGCAGCCCUUCCUCAGAUGGAAUGAUGUUCCCUAUUCUGAGUGAGCACAGUCCCUCUCUCAGUGUAGCCAGUGUGGAAGAGGACUCUCACUGCAUGUCCUUUGCUCAGAUGCUGAAAGAUGGGAAAGCCCGUGUGGAUGCUGGGCCUAAAACUACCACAAAAAAAGAUAUGUUACUGGCCCCUCCAUCAGCAGACAGUGAUGGAGAGAGUGACGGUUCUGAUCGGGUCCCAGUACCCAGUUUCCAGAACUCUUUCAGUCAGGCUUUUGGGGAGGCUUUGUCACAGCUGGACCAUGGAAAUCGUACCCCAGCGCACCCUUUACCCAUCCCCGUGGAGAAAGGGGGGAAGAAGAAAAAGAAAAAGCAGAAGCUUCUGUUCAGCACCUCUAUGGUUCAUACAAAGUAAACAGCACUGAAGUUCACCCUUCACUCAUGUCACCUUCCAUAUUCCUUCCCAACUGAUUCUUGUUUCAUUAUGUCCCUUCAUAGACCUUAUUCACAGUAGCACCAUAUUUGAUUUGAUAUAUAUGAAAUUGAGGCUGUGAGGGGAUGGACUUAAAGUCUCUUCAAUACCAUCCAGUGUAUAUACAUCUGUAUAAAGUUCCUAGAUCAUACCUGAUUUCUCAGCCAUUCAUGUUUUCUGAACGAUGUUUUUUGCCAGUGGAAUUAUCCAAGCACUGUAAACAACAGUACAACCCAUUGAAGAGACUAAGUAUCCUCGUUGCUAUUCCCUCAAAGGGAUGUUUCUACUGUUAAUAAUGUCAGUAGCAGCUCCUUUCCCCACUUUUCAGGUUCAGUAACCUUCAAGAAGUUGCUAAAUUCAGUGGCAAUAGAAUAGACUAUUAGACUGUGCAUGUUAUAGACUCAUUAACUGAUCAACUUCCACAGUUGUCCUUACUGUCAAGUAAUCAUUUAAAGAGAUGGUAAAAAUUGACAUGGCACUGUAGUUUUUGUGCCCAAUUUACAUUAGAUGACACUUUCUGGAAUAUGGAGAAAACAUUGGAAUGGUUGUUGGUUUUGGCUUAUGAUAUAUUUUAGGGGGUUUUGUGAGAGCAGUCAGCCAGCUGCAAAGACAUCUCCCUCCAUACUCACUUUAAAGAUAUAUCUUGAGACUCUUUCAGAUAGUUACACAUGUAGUACUACAACCCAAACAUUGGCGCUUUGAAUUUGGGAAUAAAGUUUUCUCAGCAGGCUGCCAAAAAUUUGCAAAUGAUUUAAAACUAGGAGAAUAUGCUAAUUAAGAACCUGUGACAGGAUUUAUAUGUAUUUGAUCUAGUAUUGCUUUACACAUGCACAGAAAGGUAUGCUGAUUUAACGCAUUCAUGCUUGGUCGUUACAUUGUCUUGAGUUUUCUUCCCGCUGCUGCUUCACAAACUCUGUGCUAUUGUUCUCUGUCACACUGUAUUCAGCUGACUCUUACCAGCAAUUAUCAUCUGCCCAACAUGAAAGUCUUGAUCAGUAAAUUAGUCUUUUUACAAUAGCUGAAUACUUAGUGGGCCUUUAAGCAUUUGACUGUAUUAGAAACUCCAACUAUGAGACAAGUCCAUAAUGUUCUAUAGUGUUCAAAAAUUAAAGAGGUGCUGACUCCAGUGCUUGCUCUGGUUGAGUGAAUAAGAGAAUGUUAAGACAAAGAAAAGACUUUGUAAAAUAGUUUUUUUCUUUUCUAUUUUCUUUUUUGAAAUCUGAAGAAACCUGUGAUUUCAGAACCUGCAUACAGAAUAAUUUGGAAUGAAUAAAGGAUUAUUAUGCACUG